AAUAGCUAUUUUGCUACUUCCCCGAGUCUGGCCGAUUCGCGUCAACCCGCGGCCCUUCAGUUCUGUGACGCUCCGAACUGAUCCAAUCCUCUUCGUAUGGUUCAAUCCGUACGAGGUUAACUCGUUUUCCCGAUGUCUUCUGAUGCGACUCCUUUGUGAUUCAAUAUAUGCUUGGUCAUAUUUUUAAUUAGUUGUUGUAACAUUCAUGUCGAGAGCUCGCAAUGCCAUUGUUGCCGCUAGCUUAGUAGCUUUUGCAGCUGCAGGCUUGGCAUUUCCCUUUUACAUGGCGUCAUCUAGAAAGCCUGUCAUUGACCCAUCAAGGCCUCUGCCACCCCAGGCAACAUUUCGAGGGCCUUAUAUAAACACUGGCUCACGCGAUGUUGGACCCGACCACCAGACUUACCAGAAGAAAUGAUUCAUAUUGUUUUGGACCUUCUCUUGGUGUAAGCAAAAAAUGUGCUCAUUUAUGUGCGUUUUGUAUAUGAAUCUGUUACUCUUUCAGACUAGACAUUAUCAGAUUAGAUCAUUUUGGAUUCUGGGUCAGGGAUGUCUGCAUGGUUUACCUGAGCUAAAUGAGCAGGGCAUAAGAUUUAAUAUCGUGACCCUGCAUUCUACUGGAGCAGGCAAUUUACUGGGAGUAUAAGAUUUCUUUUUUAAUUGGGGCAGAUAGGUGAAAAUAUGUAUGAGAUAGACCAUCCAUUACAGAUUUUACUGCUACGAUUAGAAUACAAUAAAUUAUCUUUCAUAUUGCUCCUAAAAAAAAAAAAUAGGGUCGAGCACUCAAUCUUGGGGGUUGUCUGCUUGGGUGCUGUAUGUUGGCCUGUGCUUCUGCU